AUGGUGCUGGAGCUCAUGGACUACGGCAAUCUCUUCCAGUACCUCCGCAAGAAGCGCGAGGGCGAGCCCGUGGCAAUGAGACUCACGACGAUGCAAGUGGCGUGGGUGCUUGCGAAUGCGCUCGCCGACAUCCACGCGAAAGGUGUCAUCCACCGCGACGUCAAGAGCCUCAACGUGCUGCUUUCAUUGACGCACGGCGUCAAGCUCGGUGACUUUGGCACCGCGUGCACCGUUGAUGGGCUCAUGACCGGCAACAUCGGGUCGCAGCUCUGGAUGGCGCCAGAAGUGUUUUGCGACUACGACAAGAAUCCCGACGGAGACCGCGCGUACACGACGGCCGCCGACAUCUUUUCGUUCGGCGUCGUCGUCGCCGAAGUGCACAAUUGCAACGAGCCAUACGCGGGCGAAGGCAACGUAGCCGACGUUAUUGGCAUGGUGCGCGCCGGCCGCCUCCGCCCCACGUUGCAACCCAAGUGCCCAGCCUCGCUACGCAAGCUCGUCGACGCCUGCGUGGCCUACGAUCCGACGAAGCGACCGACGGCCAAAUCGAUCGUGCGGUACCUUGCCAAGCACAUGUUGGACAUCGCAGACGAAACCGAUCGGGAUGCCUUUGACGAUACAGUCAAAGACGACGAGGACGACCUGGCGCCCGAGCCUAUCGUUAUGAACAUGUCCUUGAAAGAGGCUCUUCCCACGAUCGCCGAGGCAGAGCCGUAG